ACACACACACUUCCGAAGUACUUCCUUCCCCUAGCUGGCUGACUUAUCAUGGAGUGACUUCAACUCAGUCAGACAGUUGUGGCCUAGACAACAAGCCGAAGCUUUUCUGCUGGCCGGGCGAUUUCCCCGCUAACAUUUAAGGUGAAGAUGGAAUCCACAACAUAUGAUUAUGACUACGACAAUGAAUCGAUCACACCGGUCUCACCAUGUAGUUGGGACAGUGUCAACUAUCUGGGAGCUUGGCUAUCCAUCCUCUUUUACUUUAUGUUUGUCUUCAGUCUCUUUGGCAAUGGGCUGGUCCUGGUCAUCAUCCAUCGGUUUGAGAAGCUGACCACUGUGACCAACAUAUUGCUGCUGAACCUGGUGGUGUCCUCCCUGAUCUUCAUGAGCAGCCUUCCCUUCCUGGGAGUCUACUCGCAGCUCUCCUACUGGAUCUUCGGCAAGGUCAUGUGCAAGAUUGUUGGCACCGUCUACUAUCUGGGCUUCUACAGUUCUGUCCUCUUUCUAACUCUUUUGACCUUUGACAGACACCUUGCAGUUGUGUACUCCUUGGGUGCGCCGCGAAUGAGGAAUCAAAAAUAUGCAGUAUUCUCCUGUGCUGUAGUGUGGCUGGUCAGCGGCCUGGCGUGCAUCAGGCCGAUGAUUCUCCACACCACUUUCGUAUAUAUGGGAAACAUAACAUACUGUCAGGACUUUCCUGGUGACUUCAAUUCUUGGAAUGUAAAGCAGCUGAGAACAUCUGGUUUUUACCUUCAGCUUAUCCUUUUCUUGAUCUUUCCUCUGGCUGUUAUUAUCUACUGCUACAUUAGGAUUGCUAUCACUGUCAUGUCAUCCAGGAUAGUUGCCAAGUUCAAGACAGUCAGGUUAAUAUUUUUCAUUGUCCUGAUGUUUUUUAUGUGCUGGACCCCAUUCAACAUUGUAUUUCUAAUGCAUGAAAAAGCCAAUACCUCAGGAAACUGUCAGGAAUCACAGAAAUUGGCUUAUGCUCUUCAAGUCACUCGUAUCUUUGCCUACGUUUACUUUUGCAUCAGUCCAAUCUUCUACACAUUUGUUGGAAAAAAGUUCCAGAACUAUUUCAGACAGAUGCUGGUGAAACGUUUUCCGGGGUUAAAUAAGCAUGUUUCGGUCAGUCAACAAAGCAGAACCACAAGAAGUACACCCAAUGAGUUGUAAGAAUGGGAAGCCCUUUGUUUCCCAGGCCUGCCAUGUGUUCAA